AUGGAAGACAAGUUUGAUGAAGGUCCGCGCAACUACAACGAUGAGUCAAGUGCCGUUGAGUUUGACAAUCAAGACGAGGACGUAGAGAAAGAAGAAGGUAAAACUGACGUCGACAUGAACUCGAGCGACGAUGAAGACGAAGACACCAGGUCUUCGAAGAGCAAAAUCAAGAGACACACGCGCACUCAAUCACUUGAGAAAGCUACCGUCAUUCCAAGUCCUAAGCGAAGAACGUACAGAGGUCCGUCGCUUGAGCAUGUGUCAGCGGCUGCAAAGGAUUUGAAGCAGCCUACAUCGUUGAUUCAAAACGACACGUGGGAGAUCGUGCCUCUUCCGAAAGAUCGCAAAGCCAUCGGGUGCCGAUGGGUGUUUCGUGUCAAGGAGAAUCAAAAUGGCGAAGUUGAACGUUUCAAGGCAAGACUUGUGGCCAAAGGAUUCUCACAGAAAUUCGGAGUUGACUAUGAAGAAACUUUCACACCAGGGGCCAAGUUCACAUUGAUUCGUGUGGUGCUCAGCAUAGCGGCCAAGUACGGCCUAAUGCUACAUCAGAUGGACGUCAAGACAGCGUUUCUUAACGGCUCCCUCGAUGAAGACAUCUACAUGGACCAACCAGCACGAUACCUGUAUGCUAAACAGCCGGAAUAUGUGGGCAAGCUAAAGAGAUCGCUGAACAACUUGAAGCAAUCAACACGCAUGUGGAACCAAAUGAUCGAUGAGUUCAUGAUCAAGAUGGGAUUCAACAAGAGCGAAUCGGACCACUGCAUCUACAUCAAGCGAGACGACCAAGUCAAGAUUCUCGUGGUGCUCUACGUUGAUGAUCUUAUCCUGGCCAGCAGCAGCAACGAACUACUCAAGUCGACCAAGAUGGCGCUGAGCACACGCUUCGAAAUGAAGGAUCUCGGUGAGCUCAAUUACUUUCUCGGCAUGGAGAUCAAGAACGACCGCAAGACUGGAAUGGUGACUGUGCGACAAACCAAGUUCCUCGAGUCCGUGUUGACCAAGUUCGGAAUGGAUAACAGCAAGCCAGUGAAGACGCCUCAAUAUACCGGUCUGAAGCUCACCAAGAACAUGUGUGACCAAGAAUGCAAGCACGAAGACACCAUGUGCAACGUGCCAUAUCGAAGUGCUGUCGGAGGCGUCAUGUAUCUCAUGGUCGCCACACGUCCGGAUCUAGCUGUUGCAGUGGGAUCAUUAUCCCAAUUCUUGUUUGACCCAUGUCCGACUCACUGGCAAGCUUUGAAGCGUGUGCUGAGAUACCUGCAAGCAACGCCCAGUCACGGUCUUAAGUUCACGUGGCGAGGUCACUAA